AUGAUUCAACGAAGGAAGCCGCAUCAUAAGACUCGAAACGGAUGCUCUGAAUGUAAAAGAAAGAGAAUAAAGUGCGAUGAAGCAAAACCAGCUUGUUUGAAUUGUUUCAGUCGCUCGUCACAUUGCGUAUACCUUCCACCAAAAAUAAGGGCGUUGAACAAGUCCUUAAGCGCAAGUGGAGAAUCGACUCCGACUUCCCCGAACUUCGUUGUCACGAGUCAAGGAGUAUUGCACAACUUCCUUGGCCGACCCUCCCAAGAUCGUUCCCUUGCCACAUUCAACAAGCGAGAUUUAGAGCUAUUCCAUUUCUUCAUCACAGUCACCAGCCAAAAUCUGAGUCCGAGGUCAGAAGCACGGCAGAUGUGGCAGUGUACCAUACCACAAAUAGCAUUUUCGCACGACUUCUUGCUCCAUGGCCUUCUCGCAUUCUCUGCAUUACACCUUUCGGUCCAGCGACCAGAGGAAAAGAAGAUCAUGCGUGCUGCAGCAGCAUGCCAUUAUGACAAAGCUAUCAACACUUAUCGACAAGCGAUGUCAAAUGUCACUCGUCAGAAUUGCGAGGCCUGCUUUGCCUUUUCGACAUUCGUAGCCAUCUUUUCGUGGGUUUCUUUGGACUAUUCUGCAGAUUUAUUCUUUAUAGAAUCUGCAGUCGAAGGUACGCAUGCUCAUAUAGCAUGGGUCAAUCUUUUGCGAGGUAUAAUUCCUCUCCUUGAAGUCUCCCGGCAUUGGCUUAUAGAUGGUGGACUGGCGUGUAUGCUAAUUACACUUGAGUAUGAACUUCAAGAGGAAGCAGAAGAUCUUGUGGAAUGUUCUGCCAAAUUCGACGAUCUUGAACGACUCUGGGACCCAAAGCAAUCAAAAACAUCUUUAGUCGCAUUCACCCAGAGUCAGAUAAAAGAUUUAAAAGAAUCUCUUCGGAUGUUGAAAGAUGCAUAUCUCAUGAUUCUUUACGGUGGCAAGGACGUUGAUGCUGUUGGGCUGGUCCUAAGAUGGCCCAUUAUGGCAUCAGAAGUCUUUAUUGCGAUGAUUAAUCUGCGACAACCAGAGGCACUGAUCGUACUCGCACACUACUGUCUCCUCCUCGGCCAAGUGGACGACUUUUGGUGUAUGCGAGGUAUGUCUCGGCGGUUGCUGAAGAGCAUACAUGGUGUCCUUGGGAAGGAGUGGGAGAAUUGGAUUUCAUGGCCGUUGCAGGAUCUGGUUGUGAAUGAAUUGAAUAACUCUUGA